CGAAGGAAGAAAUUUAUUUAGUAAUCGUAACUAGUUCAUCAUAUUGGCAAUUAUGAACUAAAAACAGCAUCUGAUUCUAAUAAGAUAGGGAAAAGGAUUAAGUUAAACAAAUUGAACAUAUGGGACCCUUAUUACUACGUUCGCUAUCAUCACGCGCUGGCACGUGAUGAAGUUCUUUGCAAGUUCCGAUCACGUAUCAGUACGUGAUGAAUCUAAGUUCAAUUAAAGUGAGCUAGCCAUUCCGAUUUACUGAAGUGAUGUGUCGUUUCACAUGGUCAGCAAACGUCUUAAUUGAAAUGAGAGCUCGCAUCGAUUAGUUAAAUAUUUAUAAGAUCACUACGGAUAUAUCUAAAAUGUAUUUUGGUCAAUAUAUUAUUCAUAUAAACCACCUGUAGAUAACCUUUUCGCACAAUGAAAUAUAAUAUCACAGGUUUUCAAACCAUUCAUAUAAUAAUAAUGCGCCAGCACUACCACCCUUAAAAACCACCCCCAACAAUAUCUGAUACAAUAUAAAGAUCCCAGUCGGUAACGUCAUUCGGUGCACAAAAUAAAAAAAAACUUUACCACCACCCCUCGGAUCACGUGACAGGAAACGAUGGCAUACUUGGUUUCCAGGUCCCAGCAAGUUACUGAAUACUCAGCUAAGGUAGGGUUAGAACUUAAAUGACUAGUAAGCUCAUGGGGCAAAGAAAUAAAAAAAGGUAGAGGUGUAACUCUUGAAUCUAGGUCAUCCAUAACCGCACCCCACCGCAUAGACUCCAAGCACCCUGGAAGCUCGAACAGACCUAAACCCAGGUACUUCGACAAAGAGACAAAGAGUUGACCUGGUGCAUUUAGAGAAUUGUAUGUCACCAUGAACCUAAUCAUUAUUGUCAUCGAUGUGUAUUAUUAGUUUAGCACAAGCAGAAAGUAACUGUAAUGAAAAAGAAAUUUUGAAUUCCAAAACCUACGAUCCAAAGAACGAAGAGCAUAACGUCAUUGCCAAACGAAUUGACAAACUGUACGAUAGUUAUUAUACUAUUGUCUAAUGUAUUUGUAAGCGGAUUAAUAGUCUGAACGGAUACCAGUUGCGCAAUGCUACGUAAAAAAUUCAUCAUCAAGAUGACUCGUAGAAAGUGUGACUGCAAAAAAAUAGCGCACCAGUCGAACAUCAUUACCCAAUACACGAGUAAAAGAUUUUAGGUCAUUUUGUCAUUCCCAUGAAGCCUUUUCUCCGUUUGCACAAUAGAAACGCAUAAAGAGACAUACUCUAAGAGUCAUUCCUUUCAAAGAUCAUCCCGCUUCAGUCCCACCUAUUAAUAAUUGCGCAAUAGCAUUCAGAAGUAAGAGUAGGCCAAAAAAUUCAAAAAGUGAAAACAAAAAUGAAAAAAGGUUGCAAUCAAAUUUUUGAAUCAAGUACAACGACCGUCGAUAAUUUCUCGAUGGGCAGGACAAAAGGAAUUUCAAAAAAAUAUCGUAAACAGCUAACGUUAAAAAAGGCGUCCCGACGCAACUACCCGCAUCCUCAUUGAAUUCUACGCCGUUACGCGACACCUAUAUACGAAGAAAUCGACCGGCGCCGUAGACCGAUGGACGCCGUCGCGACGUCGACGUCGUAUAUGGAGUGGGACGAUCCCGACGUUUUUAUACAUCAAACGAGGACAGAAAAUUCAAGCCGUUGAAAUCGUUGCCACUACAGAAAAAUAAAUGUCAAAAAAGACAUCAUCGAAAAAUGUUAUUUUUAUCUCUGCUGCGCAACAAUGAAUAUCGUUUAUGGUUCCAGAAAAAUAAAAUACUUAUGUCAAUACUUUCAUACAAUGGCUACUAUAUAGCGAUUAUUGGCAGUUGCCCCAGUGUUACCAACAUAGCAGCUAAACACCAGCUCCACCAUCGAGAAACCUCGUACAGUGGCACGUUGGGCUCCGUGCCCUGCAGACGCUGCAGGGGUAGGCGUCCCUGCAUAAUUAUAAUAUUUUGCUUAAUAAUAAUUAUAAUACUAAUAAUAAUAAUAAUCGCGACAACGAAUCAAAUCUGUGUGAUGCGUAAUUUUUAGGGUUACUCGCAAACUGGAUAUUCGUCGGUGUACGCGCAAAAAACAAGAAAGAAAAAAGAACGAAAGAUACGAGUGACAAAGAAUCUUGGUGACUUUACAUAAAAUCAACAAAUUUAUUCAUCUUUUUUUUUUAUUAUAAACAACAAUUGUUUGUUAAUCCACACUUGAUGAUGUCAAUCUAACGAAUUUUUAAUGUCAAGAGAUUUUUCUUUUAUAUUGGGAUUGACGUCUGGGUUGGGGUUGUAAGUAUACAAAUACAAGUUUACAUAAGAGCUUCUCCAAAGGACUUUUAAUCUCGAAAAUUAUUUCUUACGAUACUGUAUCUUCUAACUUUGGAACACUGAAGCGGUCACGAGGCUAAUUGUAAGUUCCAAGUGGAGGGAGCAGAAAUGGGCGUCUGGACUGUCUUGCCGAUGUUUGUAACGUUAAUACUGAUUUGACGACAGUCGUCGAUUGGCGUUGUGUGGCGGUGCUUCAUUUUUAUAUUAAAAUACAUAAAACUUACGGAUAUCAAUAUAAUUGAAUAAAAUUUUCUAGAAAAUCCAAACAAUGCUGUCAUUCACUCAGAAGCUGAAACUUGUUACCGACUACCGGAAAUUACGAUGCACCGGUAACAGUGACGUAUGUCCAGUCUAAACAGAUAUUCUAUAAAUAUUGUUUAAUGAUAAAAAAAAAUCAAAAAAGAUCGUUAAUUUAAAUAAUUCAGUGCGCGUUACCGAAGUGCACUCUGUAAGUCAUAUUUGACAGAUGGAAGUAAGAUUGUGAAACUUAACAAAGUCGAUUUAAAAAAAUGUUGAUAUUCCUAUGAGAAAAAAACUAAUCUCCGGACAUUCUUAUCUCUUACUUUUAUUUACGACUUUGUCCCGUUGAGAAUCAGUGCAACGAAUUUAGUCACCACCACGGGUACCGCCUGGUUCCACAACUCUACGAGUCAAGGCGAAAUGAGCAGCAACAGUGGAGGUAGCAGCGCCACGUUCGGCCUUGGGGUCGGCGUCGGUGUAGCUGGGGGUCCAAGCCUGGCAGCAGCGCAACAAGGCCAGGGUGUAGCAGCACUGUUAGUGAUGCUCGCCGUCCUCUGCUUCAUCUUCGCCUACUGUUGCUGGGGUGCUCCAUUUUGCAGAUCGCUCUGCAGAAGGCACUGCUGCUGCCGUUUGGAAGAUCCUGAGCCGGAUCCUCGAUUUGGGAGUAGUGAUCAAGCGAUGGUGGCGACGCCUACAAUAAUUCUUCUGCCUCACGGUAGGAUGCUCGUAGUAGACGGAACCAUCUUCACGCAAUUCCAAGCAGACACUACGGGACUCGACCUGGUGGAGCUGGGCGAGAGUGUAAUCCGCGCACAACGUACUCCUCGAAGUGUAAAUCGUCAUCAGUUACAAAGUAGUCAGGGUAGCAUCCUGGAGAUGGACGCCGAGACGCCCAGUAAGGAUAGUCUUGGUUCCCUAGGUUGUUUUCCUCCACCGACUUAUGAAAGUAUUUAUGGAAAAGAAGAAAGCGACAUGCCGCCAUCUUAUUCUGAUAUUCUCCUUCACAGAUUUGCUAAUUUACCCUACGAAAUCGAAAUGCAGGAUUUUGGUCACGAGGGCAAGGAGGAGAUCGAGAUGCAGACCCUAGAGAACUGUCCCCGGGUUAUAAGUAAUCCAAUAAAUGGAAUAAGAUUUCCUUAUGGUACUGUCACGAGCUUCUCCAGUGAGAGCUUUCCACAGCAAACUAUCACCAGGAACCCAUCGAUAAUUAGCAACCCACUGGAUGAUUAUUAUACCGACAAUGAACUGAACGGCUACCGGAUAGGAAAUUUUCGUCGUGAGAACGACGUCGGUCGGACGUCGCAUCAGAAUACGACAACGAUGACAACGACGACUACCGAGAGUUCGACGUGUUAUCAGGAUUAUGAUGAGAGGACAAAUGAGCAGAGAAACUACGUUAAUGAUGUUCAAGAUCACCAGGUACCAGUUGGGAGUGUUGACAAUGAGACUAUGAACACGAGGAACCGUGCGAGAAGCACCAAUCACGAUAGAGAGAAUCGUGAUGAUGGGGUCAUCGUCGUUCUUCCGGAUUGUCAGAGGUACCAGGUCGUGAAUGAGAGUUCCAGAGGCAGGAACGUCAUCCUCGAGAGCAAUGAAGAUGCAAACAGGAACAGUGAACGUGGAGGAGGAAGCAGUGCUGAUCCUGAGAGUAACAACAGCGCCGAUGAAGAUGCAGGUGACUUCGGCGCCCUGGCUGAUAUUCGUGAAAGUCGAGUGUAGCACGUUUCGCCAUCUUUAAUGAGUAAGCGAAUUACUGAUGAGAGAACAAUGAAGAAAUUGGAAUCAGGUGACUGAUUGAAGUCAUUAGAGAUGAGCAUUUUUACUCUUAAAUAAAGAAUGGAUUCGCGUACACUUUGCGAAGUGGAUUUUUUAAGAUGGAUGACGUUACAAACGUGAACAAAUUGGGAGAAUAAUUAGUUCUGGUAAAUCCAAAGCAUUUGAGUCUCUGAUAAGUUCUGACUCUAAAGAAAAACCGCUGCCGGUAACGCCAAAUUUCUUUGGAGGAUUACUUGUCAGUGAUAUGCGUGAUGAAAAGCUAUUAUUAGGUGGCGCAUGCGUUGAGUAUUUGUACAGUACGUCCAGGAAUUAAUUCUCUACCAAUUUGUAAACGAAAAUUUGUGAUUAGUGAGGCAGAACGACCAAUUCGAAAAAUUGAUGACACUGGAGCCACCUAGCGAUAGCGUCCCCUAACUAUCCUCUGCUAAAUUGUAUGAACUUCUUGUGUUUCGCAGUUUGUCUUCUCUUGAAGGUACUGACGGUUUUUUUUGCAAAAGGAUGUGACAUCACUUAAUGAUUUGAUUAACGGAAAGUAGUUGUACAUACACAAAUACACGUUCUACGAUAUAAAUACAUAUUAUGACGUACGAAACGUUUCAUAUGCAAUUUAUUGGGUAAUGACAGAAAGGCGUGUAAUACUGAAUGUAAUUGAUUCGAAUUUUAAAAAAUGAAAAAAAUGAAAUUUCGAUUUUGUCCUAUAAGAUGAUUAUUGGAAGGGCGUUGACUUCUAUAUGUCUUUGAAAAGUGCACGUUGCGACUUGACGAUUAUUAAUUAUCCUCUGUCUUACAUUAUUAUUAUUAUUGCAUUGUGAAAUGUUUCAAAAUUAUAAAUAUAAUCUAUAUAAAUAUUAUUAUGAUCAUUAUCAUUGCUACUGUUAAAAUAUAUUUCACCAAAGAACACCAAACGACUAUAUAUAAUUAUGAAAAGAAAUAAAGUAUAUAACAAGAAUGGUA